AUGAAACUAGAUGAUCUCAUGCACAGACUCACCAAAGAAAAUGUGUUAGGUGUCGUAAAAGCCGCGAUCUACACGAUUGAGUUUCAAAAACAGGGACUACCUCAUGCGCACAUCAUUCUUUUUUUAGAGGCUGGUCACAAGCUACCAACUGGUGAUGACAUUGAUAAGAUAAUAUGUGCUGAGAUUCCUGACAAGGAUAUUUAUCCAGCGCUGUCUGAGAUAGUAGGAGAUGUCAUGAUGCAUGGACCAUGUGGUGCUUUGAAUAAGGAUAGUGUUUGCAUGGCUGAAGGAAAAUGUACAAAGUAUUUUCCAAAACCUUUCAGUCCGAUCACUAAAAUAGAUGAUGUUGGAUAUCCUAUAUACAGGCGACGUAAUGACAAGAAAGUUAUCGUUAAAAACGGUAUUGAAUGUGAUAAUGGAUUUGUGGUUCCUUAUAAUAGGAGCCUCACACUGCUUUAUAGGACUCAUAUCAACGUCGAAUGGUGUGUACAAUCUCGAUCAGUAAAGUAUCUAUUCAAAUAUAUUCUUAAAGGUGCUGACUACAUCCGUGCAACUAUCAAGAAUGAUGAUAGAGAAAACGAGAUUAAGAAUCACUUCAACUGUAGGAUAUGGACGCCACGAUCUAGGAGAGUUGCUCUUGGUAGAAUCACGUACGUACCCAUUGGGGCAGGUGAAGCGUAUUAUUUAAGGCUUCUGCUUAAUUUAGUCAAAGGACCACGUAGUUUUGACGAUAUAAAAACGGUCAACAAAGUUCUACAUUCUUCGUUCAAAGACGCUUGCUAUGCGUAUGGAUUAUUGAAUGAUGACAAAGAAUAUAUUGAGGCCAUCAAUGAGGCUGGAUUAUGGCUUUCUGCCAAUUAUCUCCGUCGUCUUUUUGUGAUCCUGCUUACUACUCAUAGUAUAUCCAUUCCUUCUAGAGUUUGGGAUGCUACAUGGCAGGUAUUAUCAGAUGACAUCAUAUAUAAUUACAGAAAGGCUGCCAGGGAUCAAACUGUUAGUCUAUCUCAGGAACAAGUUAAAGACUUUACUCUGGUCGAAAUUGAACUUCUUUUACGUGUAAGUGGGAGAUCCUUAAAAGAAUCCACACCUAUGCCGUUUCCUGAAGAUAUUACUCUGGAGUCACGUGAUAAUCCUCUUAUUCAGACUCUUAGAGUUAGAAACGAGCAGAUGUUAGCCAUUGUAACCAGCGAACAGAGAAGAUCUGCUCUACGUUCCCAAGGUGAUGUUGUUCUUAAGGUUGCAUCGAGCGGGAUUUCUGCGUUGUUAUUAGAAGGAGGCCGAACUGCGCAUUCAAGAUUUGCAAUCCCUAUCGUGGUUAAUAAGUUUACCUUUUGUUCAAUCAAGAAGGAGUCGAAUCUUGCCGACCUGAUAAGGAUUGCUAAACUCAUUAUAUGGGAUGAGGCGUUGAUGAUGAGUAAAGACUGUUUCGAGACUCUAGAUAGAACAAUGCGUGAUAUAUUAGAAGUUGAUAAGCCCUUUGGUGACAUGGUCAUUGUUUUAGGAGGGGAUUUCAGGCAAAUAUUGCCAGUGAUUCCAAAUGCCGGGAAGACAGAGAUACUUAUGGCCACUUUGAAUUUGUCACCUCUGUGGUACAAAUGUAGAGUGUUGAGACUUACACAGAACAUGCGACUUAUAGCUGGAGAUAAUAGCUGUGCAAUGCUUGAACGAGCUGCCUUUACAAAGUGGAUCUUAGACAUUGGUGAUAGAACGAUAAAUGACGAUGGAAGUGGUGAAGACGUGAUUGAUAUUCCUGAUGAUCUGUUGAUUAAAGACUGUAAAGAUCCUAUAAAAACGAUCGUCAAAGAAAUUUAUGGGAGUUCGUUUUCGAAAGAGACUGAUCCUAAAUUUUUCCAAGACCGUGCCAUACUGAGUCCAAGAAACGAUGAUGUAGAUACGAUAAAUAAUUACAUGUUUUCAAAGUUGUCGGGUGUUGAAAGGACCUAUCUUAGUUGUGAUAGCAUUGAUACAGAUGAAGAAGUUGUCAAUUACAAUGAUGCAUCUGAAAUACCCUCAGAGAGUGUAGCCAGUAAGAAUAAAGGUGUUUCCAACAAUAUGAUUUAUAACGAGGAGUUUUUAAAUAGUAUCAAGAUGUCUGGUUUCCCUAAUCAUGUCCUGAAGUUGAGAGAGGGUAUUCCUGUAAUGCUUCUAAGAAAUAUCGACCCUAAGAAUGGGUUGUGUAAUGGCACAAGACUCAUCAUUACUAAGAUGGCUAAUUAUGUUCUACAGGCUCAGAUAAUAACAGGUAGCAAGGUUGGUGAAAAGGUACUAAUUCCUAGGAUAUUUCUCUCUCCUUCGGAGAUGAAACUUCCUUUCAGGAUGAGACGCAAGCAGUUUCCUAUCACAUUAGCUUUUGCAAUGCCUAUAAACAAAAGCCAAGGACAGACACUCGAAAAGGUUGGUUUGUAUCUUUCAAGGCCGGUAUUUACUCAUGGGCAACUCUAUGUCGUUGUAUCGAGGGUUACAUCCAGAGAAGGUUUGAAGAUAUUGAUCACCGAUAAAGACAACAAACCACAAAACAAAACAUUGAAUGUCGUCUACAAGGAGGUGUUUGACAAGAUAUGA